CAAAAGUUAAAACCCCAAUUUGGCCUGAAACGCAAAACCCUGAAGACGACGACCGCUAACAAGACCUUUCUGUGAGCAACAAUGGAGGACGCUGCGAUGGAAAACGGAGAGACUAACAAGGAUAGUGAGGUGGCUCCUGCCCUAAUUGCAGUCCACCCGACCCAGAAUUCAGUUGCAGUCGCUGUCGGGUCGGACCUCCGCGUCUUCGACCUCCUUGGGGGUUGUGCGGUGUCUUUGGUAGAUGAUUCUGAUGGUUCUCUUCAUAAGGAUUCCAUAAGAGCCAUUCGUUAUGGAGCAAACGGGAAGCUCUUUGUGUCUGCUGGUGAUGAUAAACUUGUCAAGAUAUGGUCGACCGAAUCGUGGCGCUGCAUUAGUUCCUUGUGCUCAGAGAAAAGAGUGAGCGCAGUUGCCAUUAGCAAUGAUGGUUCCUAUGUUUGUUUUGCUGACAAAUUUGGGGUUGUUUGGGUUGUGGAUGUGGAUGGGUUUAAUGGAGAUCAAGAUUUUGUGAAUAAGAAGGCAGCACCACUGCUUUCUCACUAUUGCAGCAUCAUAACAAGCCUGGAAUUUUCACCAGAUGGACGAUUUUUCCUUAGUGCUGAUCGGGAUUCCAAAAUUCGAGUUACUGUGUUUCCCAAGAAGCCAUUAGAUGGAGCCCAUGAGAUACAAAGUUUUUCCCUUGGUCAUACAGAGUUCGUUUCUUGCCUCGCUUUUGUUUGCACUCAUGAAUGCCCCCAGGGUUUCCUUGUCUCUGGAAGUGGUGAUUCAACAGUUCGCCUGUGGGAUAUUUCCUCAGGAUCUCUCCUAGAUACUUGUGAUAUCAGAGAAAAGGCAGGACUUUUAGAAUCUAAAGAAAUAGAAGACAGGUAUGCUGCUGUUGCUGAUUUAUGCACCAUCCCAGAUAGCACCCUUGUUGCAGUGGCUGUCCAAAGUUUGCAAGGAAUAAUAUUGUUGAGCUGUGAUCUUUCUGCUCAAACACUCUAUGUUGCCAAGGUGAUUUCUAUCAAGGGAGAUGCCUUUAUACCUACAAGCUUGGGGACUAGCUUUUCCUCUGGAUUAUUGUGGAUGGUAACCGGUGCCUCAAACUUGCAUGAUUCUCAACACCCUUGUUUGUCCCGUGUCAAGGUUAUCUCUGGCUUUAAUGAAAGCAGUCCUGAUUUUGUUCAGCAUGGACCAAUUGUUUUGGAAGAUGAUGAGAUCCCUAGGAGCGAGAAAUUGCUCGAGAAGUUGCAAGGAAGGGUUUCCUUUGACAAAAAUUAUUUCUUGACAGCAGCUGAGGCUUUGAAAACAUCCAUGAGCAAUUUGCUAAUAAAAAAGCAGUACUCUACGGAGAAACGAGAAUUUAGAAAGAGAGGCAGAAAUGACAAGAAAAUCAAAAAAUGAUGUGAUUCCAGCAACGGCAAAAGGCCUACUGUGAACUUUGUGUAACCCUAGUGAUUUUUUAUUUUUUAUUUUCUUUCAAAUCUUUAUAACAAAAUUGUUGUAUUAUUUUUGAGAUAUUAGAAAACAGUACCUUUGGAACUUGCAAUCAAUUUUUGAGUAAGCCUGGCUGUAUUCAAGA